AUGGAGACGCCAGACUUGUCUCAUUUUUCCGCGAAUGACUAUGAAAGGCUCUAUGAGCCCGCAGAAGAUAGCUUUCUGUUGCUUGACGCGUUGGAGGCCGACCUGGCUUGGCUUAGAGGAGCUGCUAAGCCCUGGCUGUGUUUAGAGAUUGGAUGUGGGUCGGGCAUAAUUUCGGCGGCGAUUUCUAAUCUUCCUCACGGCCCUUUGUGUUUUGCAACUGAUAUCAGUAAUUUUGCCUGUCAGGCUGCUCCGAAAACUGCGAGGCCCCGUUUGGUGGAAACAGUGGAGUCUGACCUCUCGUUCUGUUUCCAACCACGACUUGGGGGUAAAGUGGAUUUGCUAGUAUUCAAUCCACCCUAUGUACCUACCGAUGAUGACGAGGUUCAGGUGGACACCGCGAGACGUUGGGCUGGGGGUGAAAACGGACGUCGUGUAAUAGAUCGAUUGUUGCCUGAUGUUCAUGAACUUCUUUCUCCUGGAGGACGCUUCUAUCUUGUGGCGUUGGCGCAGAAUGAUCCUUCAAAUAUUUGUGAAGUGCUCAAUCGCAGUGGUUUGGAUUCUUCUGUGUUUCUCACCAGGAGAUGCGGCAUAGAAAUUCUGAACGUUGUGCGAGCUGUGAAGCCUUCCAGUCGUUGA